CAAAGGCUAGAUGAAAAUAUCUACUGCUAUUGUCUCCCAACAACAAGACAAGAGUUAAUCAGUUCAUGCUGGUCAAUCAACACAGUAAUCAAAUUGGACCCAGCAAACUGUUGUGCGCCAGUUGCCAUGUUUGCGUUGCAUAAACAUUUGCGUUAUUACUUUGGCAAUCGUUAUUAUAUGUAUCAUCGACAAUGCUCACAAAAAGCGAAAACGGGCAUAAUGCUACUAAAUAUGGGUGGCCCAGAAACUACAAAGGAAGUACAAAAUUUUUUAACACGUCUAUUCUCGGACAAAGAAAUUAUCCGUAUGCCGUUCCAAGACUCGUUUUGUAGCAUGGAAAAGGUCACCUAAGAUCGAGGAGCAGUAUUCUCGAAUUGGUGGUGGGUCUCCAAUUCUCUAUUGGACCAGAGUACAAGGUGAAAUGAUGGUGAAACACUUAGACGCUAUUAGCCCAGAAACAGCUCCUCAUAGAUUCUACGUUGCAUUUCGUUAUGUCCAUCCUCUUGUGGAAUCUUGUGUUAAUGAAAUGGAAAGAGACGGUGUAGAGCGUGUUGUUGCUUUUAGUCAGUAUCCACAGUACAGCUGUGCUACUUCGGGAAGCAGUUUAAAUGCCAUUGUUCGUCAUUACGAAAGUGAAGAAAAAACUUUCAAUGGUGUUGAAAGUAUUGAGCUUCCUUCUGUACAGAACAAAAGUCCUGGACCGAUCUGGUCCUUUAUUGACAGAUGGCCUGUUUUCCCCCCGUUGGUUAACAGUUUCGCGGAUAAAAUUCUUGACGAGCUCCAGAGUAUUAAUGAUGAAACAGAGCGUGCGAAUACCGUCCUAAUUUUCAGUGCACAUUCGGUCCCACUAUCUGUCGUCAAUCGCGGUGAUCCUUAUCCUCAGGAAGUAGGUGCCACUGUUCACGCAAUCAUGAAACAACUCAAUUUCUCAUGGCCUUAUCGUCUUACUUGGCAGUCUAAAGUUGGUCCAGCUGCUUGGCUAGGUCCAUCAACAGUAGACACCCUAUAUGGGUUGAGUCGUUUGGGAUAUCGACACGCACUAUUAAUUCCUGUUGCAUUCACUCUAGAUCAUAUUGAAACCCUGUAUGAAAUGGACAUAGAAUAUUGCUCUGAAAUAGCAGCUAAAGCCGGUAUGGUUUCUGUACGCAGAUCACAAUCACUGAAUGGUGACCCUGCAUUCAGUCAAGGCCUAGCCGAAUUAGUCCUAGAUCACCUUCGUCGGGGUGAUCCAUGCUCGAAACAGUUCAUGCUUCGCUGUCCGAUGUGUACUAACCCAUCUUGUGAACGUACCAGAAAGUUCAUUAUGGCCCAAAAAGAACGAGUACAUGGAUGGACAACUCUGCACUUGCCGAACAGUGAGCGUGUACGGUUAUGUAGAUAUAACUAAAGACUGAAACCAUUUUUAAUUGUUUCUAAAUAAAACUUUUCUGUUUCGAAUCUUUUGAUUCUUAGCUACUACUUUUAAUAAUUAGGAUCAUAGUAACUAUUUACUUUACAUGAACUAUGCUCCUCAUACGACUGUCACAUUUCAAAUAUAAAACAUUGUAGAUAAAAUUUCUCAGUCCACAGUCUAAUUCUUCUCUACAAAAUCAACUAUUUUUCGUCUGUAUUCUUGUGAUCUAAUGAAAUGGUGUUUUUCAUUGACCCCGUGGUCUGUACACUUUCACCCAACGGUGUUUUAGACUAUUAGGAAUAUAAGGUCCUUUUCCAACCCAAAAAUAUAUUUAUCGAUAUCUAAAUCAUUUAGGUUUUGAAUUGCAUUUCAUCCUGCCCACUUUUCUAUGAGGUUCCAUGUCAUGCGAAUCGCUCACACAAUAUACGAAAAUGUAAUUGGCUGUUAAGUCCCAUCCAUUGUGCGCCAUAUCUUGGAAUGCUUAUUGCAUCAGAUUUUUAUUAUCCAGAAAAGUAAGUAGAAGUCUCAUAGGUCGAUAUAUGUUGAAAUCCUCUUUCAAAUUAACUUAC